AUGGUCAAGACCGCCCUUCUCCCUCUCGCUCUCCUUGCUGCACUGGCUCCCUUUGCCGCCGCAAGGAACUGCAAGACUGGGCUUAAUUAUUGUGGAUGGAACCUCCUUAACAUUGGCAAGUACGGGGCCCAGGUCAAUGGCGCCCUCGAUGCUGCCCACCAGCCGACCGACGAUGCCCAUAUUCGUGAAUCCCUCUUCCACUGCAACGGUGGUGACAAUGGCGAUAUCUCUUUCAUCACAUACUGCGGUGGUGGCUGCAAGGAUGGCGGCAAGGACCGCAGCGACUACUGCUAG